AUGAUACAAGCUAGCAUCAAACUACCUGGAAGAACACCAUUAUCCCUUUCAGCUAAUAUUCUACAGGAUAAAAGAAAAUACAAGAUCGCUCGAUUUCUCAUGUUUGAAAGCAGUAAAUUUAACGGUAUAGCCAUAGCUAUGAGCAGAGAACUAUGGGAUGAUAUUCGUAUCGGUCUCAUAAAAGUUGAUUUCUUUUACAUGCUGAAAAUGAGCGUUGCUCCCCCUUCCCUUUGCUCCCCUUCUUGGGGGGACCCAGAGUCCUAUAGCCAGUUGCCCCUUUAUCUGAUUCAGUGUUUUAGCAAAAGCAAGUCGUUGUUAAGCUUCGUCAUCUACUAUCAGUUUUAUACAGUUAUUGGUAACUUGAAAAACACUAGACCAAUAGCCAGCAUGGAUAGUGUGGUAUACACACCACAAUUGAGUGAAAAACAGACUCCACAACCAAACACUGGUUCCUUCUUCCUUUUUUUUUUGGUUGGGCAAACCCAUGAGGAGAAAUCCUUCCUUCUUGCUAAUGAACCUGGCAAAACGUUUAGAAUGACUGGAAAAGCUUUAUUGAGUUUCGGCAGACAUGUCCUUACAUGCCUAAGCAACUCUACUAGUCAUAUUUUCUUUGACAAGAGCUCAAAGCUGUUCAAUUGCGCUAAGCUCUGA